UUGCAGCACAGGUUGAUAAGAAAAUGGAAUAUAAAGCGUGGAGUUUUGCCAACUCGUUAGCUCGUGUCUCGCAGCAAUGAAGGUCCUCUUCGCUCUCUUAGCCGUCCUGGCCAUUGCUCAGGCUGCUUCCGUGAGGCAGCUGAAGCCUCUCCGCCUCACCAAGCCGGUGGUGAACAAUGCCCCACCCAGGGUUGAUUUCCGCAUCGUCGGUGGACAGCAAGCGACUCGCGGCCAGUUCCCAUACCAGGUUGCCCUGGACAUCGAUAACAGCGUCUUCUGCGGUGGCUCCCUCAUCUCGGCUGACACCGUGCUGACUGCUGCUCACUGCGUCGAUGGAUUCUCGUCCUGGGCGGUUACUCUGGGAGCUCAGACCCUGAGCAGUGGAGCCGAAGAAGGAAGAGUCACCGUCGUAACCACCAACUCCCUCGUGCAUGAGGCUUGGGAUCCGUUCUUGAUUGAGAACGACGUUGCUCUCCUCUUCCUUGGCCAGCAAGUGCAGACUAGCGAGUUCAUCCAGAUCAUCCGUCUUCCUGCUGCGUCUAACACCGAUCUGUUCGAAGGAGCCAUUGCCAGAGCUUCCGGCUGGGGCAAGAGCUCUGACGCCUCCUCCACCGUCAGCGAUGAACUCAACUUCGUCGACCUGCCUGUCAUCACCAACGCUGAGUGCACUGAUGUCUACGGCAUCAUCUUCGACUCCAACAUCUGCACCAGCGGUGCUGGCGGACUCAACAUUUGCAGCGGUGACUCUGGCGGCCCCCUGGUCUUGGCUGAGGCUGACGGAAUUCUCUCUCUCAUUGGAGUGACCUCUUUCGGAUCAUCUGGCGGCUGCCAAAUUGGACUUCCAGCUGGAUUCUCUAGAGUCACCUCUUUCCUCCCGUGGUUGGCCACCAACUCCAAUGCUGACAUCAGGCCUUAAAUAUAACUUUACAAAAUAAAUAAUAAGUGCCAAAUCUGAUCAAA